UGCCAGGCGACCCUGAGCUCUUUCUGCGCCAGGACCCCGCCGCGUGCUAGGGCAAGAUGCGAGCCAGCCCUUUGGCUGUUCCAGCAAGUGCCCCCUCCAGGAAGAAGCGGUUGGAGCUGGAUGAUGACCUAGACACUGAGUGUCCUAGCAAGAAACAAGCUCGAAGUGGGCCCCAGCCCAGGCUACCCUCCUGCCCACUGACGCUGAACCCACCGCCUGCUCCUAUUCAUACUCCCGAUGUGACCACUGCCUCCAGGCUUGGACCCUAUGUUCUCCUGGAACCCGAGGAGGGGAGCCGUACCUAUCGCGCUCUGCACUGUCCCACAGGCACAGAGUACAUCUGCAAGGUGUACCCGGCCUGCAAGAGCCUGGCGGUGCUGGAGCCCUACUGGAGGCUGCCCCAUCACGGCCACGUGGCCCGGCCGGUGGAGGUCCUGGCCGGCACGCAGCACCUCUACGUCUUCUUCCCGCGGCCACAUGGGGACAUGCACAGCCUGGUGCGCCGCCGGCGUCGCCUCCCGGAGCCCGAGGCCGCCGCGCUCUUCCGCCAGAUGGCCGCCGCCCUGGCGCACUGCCACCAGCAUGGGCUGGUCCUCCGUGACCUCAAGCUACGGCGCUUCGUCUUCACCGACCCGGAGAGGACAAAACUGGUGCUGGAGAACCUGGAAGAUGCCUGUGUGCUGACUGGGCCUGACGACUCCCUGUGGGACAAGCACGCAUGCCCAGCCUACGUGGGCCCCGAGAUCCUCAGUUCCCGGGCAUCCUACUCAGGCAAGGCGGCAGAUGUCUGGAGCCUGGGUGUGGCACUCUUUACCAUGCUGGCCGGCCACUACCCCUUCCAGGACUCAGAGCCUGCCCUGCUCUUUGGCAAGAUCCGCCGUGGCGCCUUUGCCCUGCCUGAGGGCCUCUCGGCCCCCGCCCGCUGCCUGGUCCGCUGUCUCCUCCGAAGGGAGCCAACUGAGCGGCUCACGGCCUCGGGUAUCCUGCUGCACCCUUGGAUGCGGGAGAACGCCAUCCCUGCAGCCCCACCUCGGUCCCGCCACAGUGAGGCUGACCAGGUGGUCCCCGAAGGGCCGGGGCUGGAGGAAACAGAGGAGGGAGAAAGAGAUGUGGGUCUCUAUGGCUGAUGUCACCUGACUGGACUCUCAGCUGCAGACAGCGGGUUGAGUCUGGGGUAUCUCUAAGCUCUCUUCUGCCUCUUUGAGCUGAGCCAAACCUUAAGUGCCUUCUGGGAAGAAGAGAGGAGGAGGUGUGUGCAGAGCAUGCUGGACACACACACCUGUGCAGACGAGCUUGUGCCCCACCGAGUCCUUCUCAGGAGCUCCCUCUGCCAAGCCCUGUUCCAGAUGCUGGGAACACAGCAGUGAACGACAGAGACAAAGUCCUGCUCAGAGCAGACAAUACUUUCCAUGCCCAUGAGUCAGUGUCUACACUGAGCACCCACAGUGCAGGGGCUGGCAUCCACUCGUGCUGAUGCCCAGGCACCUCUGACGUGGGACGGUCCCUGUCACAAACAACCCAGCUGCCUUUGUAUCUCAUGCCUUUUCAGGGGAAUGGAAGCUCCCCUGUGCCAAAGGCUCCAGGCCUCUCCCCUGUGAUUCAGGACCCUAGAGCUCAGACCAGGCUGGGAAUUGUGCUCCCAGCAGCUCUGUCCUCUUGGCCAAGGGCUUCUCCAUCCAGGCUUGAGCCAAGGAUUUGGGCUGGAAGAUCAGGAGUGCAAACCGUGAGGCUGGUCCUCAUCUUACUGAAAGAGUAGUUUGGAGUGAGGGUCCAGGCCUGUCCACCUCCAUGGACCAAGCACCAAGAUCAGGCAAGUUCUGUCCCCUGGCCUCCUGGAAAGUCUCAGGUCCAGGGCCCUACAUUAACAAUAUGAGUUUAGAUGCCAUGAGUGUGUAUUUUUUAUCUUGCGGCUCAUAAAGGAAUUAUGAAAUGCUG